AUGUAUCAGGGAACCUUGAGGGAAAAAAAAUGUCAACGAAUAAAUAACAUAAAUCCCAGUUCAAUAAUAAAACUCACUGGAGGGAUUAUUAAAGCGGCCAAUCCACAGUAUCGGCGAUCAACGGACACUGUGAACGACAAAGAAUGUCAAUUUGGACGUGGGAGCACUUUCGACAUCCUUGGCACAUUUAACAUUACGAAUGGAGCUGACAAUGGAAGGUCGAAGGUCAUCUCAUAUGAAAAAAUUGAGAUGGAGAACGUUUGUGCUGCUCGCGAGCCAGUCCAGAUCACUGGAUGGCUCAAAGAACCAUUCAGAAGCAUUACCACGGUAAGUGGUUCGAGUUAUGGAUGUGGCAUGUUUUGUACAAGGGUUCAUCGCAUGACCAUUCACGUGGUAACAUACAUCCCGAGAGAAGAUUUGAUCGAGGGAAUCAAAAUGACCAUUAUAGGUCGAGUUGAUCGUCGUGGGGAUGGUUUUGUUCUGAAUAUUAACAGCAUGGAUGACAUCGCCUCCCUGACUGAGGAUGUAGCCCUCAAUGAAGAUGAGUUGGAUGAUGCUGUCGAAGCACCUCCUCUCAAACGAGGGGCAGCUGAAUCUGCAUCUGGAGAGGCGAUGGACGUCGCGAAUAAGAAACUAAAAGCUGAAUAGCUUUAAUGACGUGCUAUUUACUCUGGAAGUUCAAUUGCAAAAUUGAAAACUUUUUCUAUAACAAGUUCUAAACUGUUAUUUUUCCACCCAAAAAUUGAGUUCUAUAACAAGUUUAACACUGUUAUUUUUUUACACAAAACUAAAACAUUGACAAGCUUGAGCUCUUUAAGAAUCUGAUUUUUUACUUUUAAAGACUGCCAACUUCAUAGCAGUAAGGUUGAUACUCAUUUAGCUUUAACAAUCAAAACAGAUGGAAUUAUAAUAAUCUAUUCAUUAACAUUAGUAUUUAUCCAGA